AUGACCGACCGUCCUCAAGUACCACGGCGCAAGUCCUCUACGCCUCACUACCACACCUUUGCGACCCCCCCUCCCACCUCGCGUGGCCGGCCGCCGUCCAAUGGCUCUGCCUCAUUCAACGGAGGCUCGAGGGCGCCGACGGAUGAUGACGACGAUGAUGGUAACAGCGAUAAGAGCUCCUUUUCUGGCACACCGAUGCCCAUCCGACAAAUGGCCGUUCUGGCCGCGAUUGCACUCUGCGAGCAGACAGCCUUGAAUUCCAUCAGCCCCUAUUUGCCCGACAUGGCGUCUUCAUUUCCAGAAACAGAUCGGACCAAAGUUGGCAUGUAUGUCGGAACUAUAGCCUCGUCGUUUGCGCUGGCUCAAUUUGUCACAAACUAUUUCUGGGGCUGGCUCUCUGAUCGGAUUGGUCGCAAGCCCGUGAUUCUCAUUGGAACCAUUUCCACGUCCGCAUGCUUCCUUGCGUUCGGCUUCUGCAAACACCUGUGGCAAGCAAUUGCUGUGCAGGCGAUAAUGGGAACCGUUAAUGGAAAUCAGGGUGUAGUGUCGACGUGCCUGGGAGAAAUAACCGACCGAAGCAAUCAGUCUCGCGCUUUUGCGUUCCUGCCUGUCAUCUAUGGUAUAGGAGGAAUUACCGGUCCAGUCCUUGGCGGUUUGUUAGUUUCGAAAAAGGCGAUUAUCGACGAGAGAUUUCCUUACCUUGCACCCAACCUUGUCUCCGCGGCUAUUCUAGUGAUUGAUUUUAUCAUGGCUGCUCUCUACUUAGAAGAAAGCCUAGAAGAUGCAGUCAGCAUUCCUGCCAUUGGAAGAAGGGUUCGCAAUCUCUUUACUCGGCUAUGGCAGUUUACCUGCUCCUCGAGGCCUUCAUACCUUAGAGCACAGAGCAGGGAUUCCGGUAGAGGACUCAGCUGUUGGGGAAGUCGCGGCAACACAGAUACAGAUGUCGAACAGCCACUUUUUAGACGUCGUCGGAGUCACGACCCGCAUCUUAUCAGUGAAGAAGUGUUGAAUCGAGAUAUAAUUCUUUUGCUCAUCACAUAUUUAAUAUUCGCGCUAUCGAACGUUUCGUAUAACUCGCUAUACCCCAUUUUUGCCCAGGCAUCGCCCCCAACUGGUCGUGCACUAACACCUCAGGAGAUUGGCUUGUCUUUGGGAUUUGCCGGCAUCGUGACGAUAGUAUUCCAGGUCUGCAUAUUUGGUAAACUUCGGGAUAAAAUGGGAAAUAGAUGGUCGUAUCGUGCUGGCCUUUUUGGCUUUGUUAUAUCCUUUGCUUUGAUGCCAUUCAUCGGGUAUAAAGACAAAGCAGCUCUUGAGGGAAGAGUGUCAAAAAAUGGAAUUCUGUUGGCGAUUGAACUGUGUGUCAUUCUGCUUCUCAAAACUAUUGCCGCUGUCGGGGGCUUGACAAGUGCCCUACUUCUAAUCACAAACUCUGCCCCUGACCACUCCGUACUAGGAGCCUUAAAUGGCCUCGCCCAGACGCUGUCGGCUGCCGGUCGAGCAGCCGGGCCGUUUCUAUCCGGCAGCCUCUUCUCGAUCGCCACAAAGGUCCGGCCGAAAGGAGAAGCCCUUGCAUUCGGCGUUUUUGGCGGAAUCGCUUUUCUCGGCUUCUUGCUUAGCUUUGGGAUCCGCUCUAGAAACUUGGAGGCAGACGGCUGGGGCGAGGAUAGCGACGACGUGGACGACGAUGAUGAUGAUGUCGAUAAGUCUGAUGACGAAACUACGCGUAUCAACGCUUGA